UCAGUCAAUGCCACCAGGAACAGAGUCAAAUGAAGGCCCGGCCACGUCGCCCUGACAACUUCAAAUACUGUGGCUCUGUGUUUGUCCCAGGAGUAUAUAUAUGUGUAUGAUUCUCGAACACCCUGACAACAUCACCUCUCUCAAACCCUCUACGCCCCACACACUAAGAUCAUUCUCGAGCUUACAUUAACCGCAAUGGCCUUUGACUGGUAUCGUGAACGUUUAGCAGCUUACGCGAAUAAUAUUCCUCGUCAUUCCGAUUCGUCUGACACAGUAUGGAAGCACCUUUCAUACGGUGGUCUUUCGCGCGCCAUACGGGACUCAUCUUCUCUCAUAAACCCACGUGAGGUCAAGACCCUAACGCUGGCCGUUCGCUCGGACAUAGACAACCCAGAACUCCGCCCUCCUCUCAUUCUUAGUUUCCCCCGGAACUUUGCGGAAGUUAACUCGGUCGAACGAAUCAUCCUUGGCCACGUAGAUCUAUGUUGGCACCCCUUCCCCAACCGCACCCAGGCGACUCUGCGCGUACUCUGCAUUCAGAACUUGGUCGAGAGCUCUUCGGGAUUCAGCUCGGCGAUUCAAAUUCUCGACGUCUUGGGACUAUGCCCUUAUCUGGAAGAAGUUAUAUUGGCGAACAUCGGGCAGGUUCCGGAGGUUCAACUUCCAGUCAAACUCAAUCAUCUACAGAACCUCCGUGUUCUUAGCUCAGUCAGCAGCAUUCGCAACCUUUUGGCUAAUCUAGAGGUUCCACGAUCAGCCAGUGUCUAUCUCAAGACUUUCCUCGACAUGGACGAGAACUGGGUGAAAUGCUUGAGUCUUCCUCCAUCCCAUCGGUUUUUACCUCUGCUGGCCGUCACGAGUGUUGUUAUCACAUCGGGUGGCGAACGAGGCGGCUUCAUCGUGGAGGGCUUUAAAUCGUUUGCUCCGUGCCGAAUCAAUGAGUUGAGGGCCCCAGGAACUCACAUUACAAUUGAAGUCGGCUACAAGGACACUAAGGAUAUCUGGCUCGGUUCAUUGACGCCUACUGUCCGCGUGGGAACAAACAGUUUGACACAAGAAGCUAUUCUCCAAUUUGCCACUCCCAGGCGUAGCGAAAUCGCAGCAAAGGCCAUUGCCCAAGUACCUGCCGUCUUUGAAAGAUCUCAGCUACACCUUAUCGAGAUUAGGUGCGAAACGUCAAAUCCGCGCAUCACCGAGGCGGACUGGAAGCAUCUCUAUACGUCCUUCUCCUCUGUGCAGCAAUUCAAGAUCAGCAACAUCGCGGACACAAUCAAUGACUCCCGCACUAUGCAUUGGCACCUUUGGCUCUCGGUUCUUGUUCCUCAAGUCAUGUCAGGGGAGUUGGUAUAUCCGACACUUCGGGAACUCUAUCUAUACGGGAUCCACUGGGAUGAAGGCCCUAUAAACGCCUUGUAUCAUGCUCUCAAGACUCGUGCUGGAAUGCAUUCCAAAGUUCAUACCCUUCGCAUCGAUUUCCGAAAUGAGAAGGGAGCUGUCCCUCUGGAUUAUUGUCAAAAACUGAAGUGGGCGAAUGUUGUAGAUGUAUUCUACUUUCAUAAGAUGCAAGAUGCAUAUGGUACCGAACUUGGUCCCGGUUUCAAAGAUUUCUAAAUACAACUACUUUACGUUGCAUUUUUCGGACCUUUAUUUAGUCCUUCUAUCAUGUCUUCAUCUAUAGAAACCGAUAUUAUUCCUUUACGACC